CUCUCAGUAGCUGCUCUGGCUACAUUGACUGACUGAUUAAGGAAGGACACAGAUUAUUGUACAUUGUGUGGAUCACAUUGCAGGACGAGAGCUGACAGAUGGCAACCAGGAGUGCAGGAACGCUUAUCACCCACAACAAUGCCACCUACAUCCCUCCGGCUCUAAUGCCAGGGUAAGCAGAUUCUGAAUGAAUUCAUGAACCCCUUCAGUAAUACCAGACUCCGCACAAUGUAACACUAAACACCAGCUGUAUAAUGUAAGCUCAAAUGCCAAACUGUAACUACAGGAAAAUAGCCAGUAAAUACUCUGCCGCUCCAUAUGUUGCACAGGAGACAUUUUCCAGUUGCCAUUUAGGGCACCUGGCAACAUUUCGACUCUGCAAGAGGUGUUUGUCAAACCAUUGUCAAUAGCUGAUAAUUAGAUUGUCUGUAGAUUUAUUUCAGUUUAGUAAGUUUUCCUGAAUUCCACAAUAUGGGUUUCAAUGGACUUUUACUUUAUUUAAUUGUUUAGUAGAUUAACCCCCAAGUGUAUAUUGAUAUUUUAUGCAGUUUUUUUUCUCCCAGUAAUGCGUGUUUCUCUUCCGCAUUUUAACUACACUUCGUGCCUACCUACCUUUUACCUACCUAACAAACUAACUAAUCUGUCAUGUGUCCACAAAAUAACAGUUUUUCAGUCAUCUUUGAAAAUACAUUUAGUUUAUAAAGUCACAUGAGUUUGGUUCAAGACAAGUGUUAAAGGCCAAACGUUUCACUAUAAACACUGAAAAAUGAGGGGGAGUGGCCAGCUCUACACUAAUGUUAAACCUGGGACUGUUUAACCCCUUAAGGACCAAACUUCUGGAAUAAAAGGGAAUCAUGACAUGUCAGAUGUGUCAUGUGUCCUUAAGGGGUUAAAGGGACACACCAGCCUGGGAAAGACACCAGCCCAAUGCAUUCUGCGUUAUGUAGAAAGUAGAAAAAAAGCAAUUGUGCCAUUAUGAUUUUGAAAUAAAAUGAAAACAUUUAAAAAAAAAAAAAAUGAGACAAAAACCUUUGAAAUAUAUUGUGCUCUCCACUGUGGUAAUGAAAGAGUUAACUUAGUUCUGUGUUGGGUUGAUGUCGCUAUCGUUAUUGAUAAAUUCCCAUCAGUUACGCUAAUAGCUACUACUCAUAGCAGAUAACUGCGGACAGGACUGCAAAUUAUCUGACUUCCUUUUAUUCGCAUAGUCACUUAGAGUUUUCAUUUAUUCCUCAAACUCUGCAUUUUUGCCGACUUGCGUCUAAGAGCUGGAUCACUUGGUGAAGGAAGGGAGGGGGCAGCAAUUAAACAGUUGGAUAAAUAUGUAAUUACACUAUAAAAAUGUGACCCCCCUACAGACAGCUGCUGGAAGUCACCAUUGCAGGAGGUUAUUGUUCUAAUAGGAUGAGCUGUGUGAUGGGGACUCCUACAGUGGUUAAAUCCCUAGGACACCCUAAUAAUCAGAUUAAAACAGUAGAUCUUUGUAAAUAGAUCGUUGUAGAGCAGGAUUAACCAUAAGAACUGCCUAGGGCCCUGUGGGAUCAUAAUCAUAGACAUGCGCAGCACAUUUCAUUAGAAUGUGAUCCAGGGUGGGAGAGUCCAGGGGGGUCAUGUUAGUGGUGCAGCUUGAGAGACAGAUUAAGGUUGCCCAGUGCCCUAGUGAGGGUGCCAGAUUGUGGUGUCCCCUCCUAGAGCCCUGGGCUCUGUUUCUGUGAGUGGUGUGUGAGAGCGUGUGUAUUGCAGGAGGCUGAGAGCUGUAUGCAGGGUCUGAGUGUGUCUAGCAUUAUGUAUCUGUGUAUGUGCCUGAGAGUGUGUUUGGUGUUUCUGGCAUUCUGUGUAUGUGCCUGAGAGUGUGUUUGUGUUUCUGGCAUUCUGUGUAUGUGCCUGAGAGUGUGUUUGUGUUUUUGGCAUUAAGUAUCUGUGUAUGUGCCCGAGAGUGUGUUUCUGGCAUUAUGUAUCUGUGUAUGUGCCUGAGAGUGUGUUUGUGUUUCUAGCAUUAUGUAUCUGAGUGUGUGCCUGAGAGUGUGUUUGUAUCUCUGGCAUUGUGUAUUUGUGCCCGAGUGUGUGUAUGCAUUUCUGACUGAAUUUGUCUGUUUCUUUGGCUUUAUGUACCUGUGUAUGUGCCUUUCUGAUUGAGUGUUUAUUUCUCUGGCAUUGUGUACCUGAGUAUAUGCCUGUGUCUGGGAGUGUAUGUGUGUGGAGUAGUUGCGUUGUAAGUGGGGUCUGCUUGUAGUCUUUGUGUGUGGUGUUUUAUUAUUUUUUUUAUUACCGGUCCCCCCCCCCCCAACAACCUCCUCUGUAGUAAUUGGAACAUAAUACGCCCCCUGGUGGUCUAGUGGGCUGCUAGUUCAUUUCCUGGUGGUCCAAUAGGCUGCUGGUGGAUUACCUGGUGGUCUAGUGGCCUGCUGGUGGAUUUCCUGGUGGUCCAGUGGGGUCCUGGUGCAGCCGCAAUUCUCCAAGGCAAACAUUGUGCUGAGGAGAACGUUGAUAAAUCAGUUCCGAGGGGAAUAGGUUCAAAUUCUUGGAAGUUAAUGUUUUAGUCCAUAUUAUUGCACCUGUUUAACCUUGUAAAUGCCCAAUUCUUGUGCUUUGCAUCUCCCUUGCUCACAGCAGUGACAGCCCAACUUAUGAUAUAUGAUGUUUAUACAAAAACAGCGUUUGGAAUAAAUACCAAUGGGCGUAUUCGCUGUGAGCUCAGUGUAUUUCAUAGAUUUUGCAUUUAGUGAAAUGUCAGUCUUUAAUCAUUUCAUUAAACUGUCGAGCUGGUUUAUAUUGUUAGCUGUUAACUACCCCACGGGGGGCACAAUGCAGCAUCGGUGAGGAAAGCUUGGUUCAUUUAUAGUCUUCAGUAUCUUUAGUAGUUUCAGUAUUAACGCAGAAUACACUACAGGUGAUACAUUAUAGCCAGGUGUGUCUCUGCACAAACAAUGCAGAGAUUUUAUAAAGUCUUCUAAAGGCUCUUAUUUUUGGUGCGCAAUCUGCUCCAUUUAUUCACUAAAUUGUUCUAGAAAUUAUAUAAAAAGAGUCAGUUUUUCUUUACUUAAAUUCCACCAUUUUUUAACAGAAAUGUAUACAUUUCAGAAAAGGCCAUCGGUUAUAGAGUGGUGGAAAAAAGAAAAGUGAAAGAACAAUUUUUACGUGAAAAAAAGGAUGAAAAGAUUGACAAAAUGUUGCACAUUCAAAAUGAGGUUUAGAUAGCAAAAAGGAACAGAUAAACAGAUUUAAAGGGAAACUACAAUGCCAGGAAAACAAAGUAGCGUUUCUGGCACUAUAGCUCCCUAUAGAGCCCCCAUUGUGUCAUUUACCUUAUUGUAGCGCUGCCUCCGGGAGACCUAAUGCUCACGGGUGGCGAUGGCCUCGCUCGCAUUAGUAUUUCCCCAUAGUAGUUUCUACGGGGUUCUACAUGACGCUCGAUGUCAUCAUGCAUAGUAUUAGGACUUCCUUGGCCACCCUCCUCCCCUUGCUUCUCUCUGGGUGGCUAAGGUUCCUAAAUUUUCAAGCCACUCCCCAAUAUAAAUAAAUGUCUGUAUCCCCCUCACCAUAAUAAUAGUAUGGGGGAGACCAAUAAAACUAAUAACUGUUAAAAAAUAUACUUACCAUCGGUAGUCUUCUUUCUUCUAAUACUUCUGUUCUUCAGGCCCCAAAAAAGGCCAAAUUAAAAUUUAUAAUAACCGACACAACAAAUGAAAAAAUAAAUAAAAAAAACAGAUUCACAAAAAAAUAAAACAUUUUUAAUAUGAGCUAACCAUUCUUUUUCAAUAAGGCGAUUAUUAUAAAUCAUUCAGCUCAGCAGUUCAAGUGAGAUGGUAAACGGCAGACAUAUAUUGCAGAUAAAUAAAACACUGCACUUCUUCACUGCUCUUAGUAGAUAUCCCUCAUGUUUUGUGUUUCCGUUUACCUGUGGUAUCUGUCAGACGUGUUAUUAAACAUGAUUUGUGACGGGUUUAAUGUCCGGACUAGCAGAAUUCUCUGUCCUGCAAUCUUACUAACAGAUUGUUUGCCUUAAAAGGUCUGUGUCACAAAGAUUGUUUAAAUUAUUCAGAUAGAGACAGAGGCGUGAAAAUGAAAAUCGUUUCAUUUUUCCAAUCUUUUUUGCAGCCAAUUUGUAUCUUUUGUAGCCGUUUUGCUAAGAAGAUAUAUAUGACUAUUAAGGAAGUAUCAAAAGAAUUUUGCGCCAAAAGAAAUUAUAUUAAGAAGUAAACAGUCAGGAUACGUUGAACAUGAAAGAAAUAUCUUGUAUGUAUGUAGUGGGGAAUCGUGUAUAUUCUGAAUGUAGAGUAGUCCGUGUAGCAAUAAUUUGUUAGUAUAGGGAUCAGCUAAACGUCAGUAGCCGUUCUCUGCGUGUCAGGAUGUCUGAUUCCGAAGAAGAUGUAUCUCUAUACAGCCAGGUGUGAUCUGAUGGAAUUCUAACACAAUGUCAAGGUGACAAAAUGACUGGAAAAUGUUAUAUUGUAAGCUAAAUUAUAAUUACUGGAUAAAAUAGCAAACCAUAAUGACACUUUACAUUCUCUACCUGGCCGUACAUCUCACACACAUCCUUCCUCUCUCCAGUUACCUGAGUAGCUCAGAGUAUCAGGUAACUUUGACAAGGUUCAGGGGUCACUUGCAAGGUGACUAACCCAGCCUAGAAACCGUUAAAAACGGAUGCCUCGUGAAAAAUGAUAUAUGUCAUACACCCGUUCUUCCAAAAUAAGUAACAUUGUAUUUCUGGCUGAAGAACGGUUAGAUGGACCACUUUCCUUAGAGACAAUGCUCGGAGGUGGGAAGGGUGGGAAGACUUUGUAUCUAGAAAAGCUCUCCUAAUUAGUGAGUAGGUAAAGAUACCAAAAAACACAAGUAUAUUUAAUGAAAGUACAUGGAUCAUUAAAAUACGAAGACACAUUUAAUCGUGUUUUAAUAACCAAAACACAAUUCAGUCUCUUUCAAUUCAGUCUCUUUGACAGCAUUAAAAAAAGGAAUACGAUUCCAAAAUUGCCUGUUAGUCCACCUAAAUUAUAUUAAUAAAAAGGAUGAAUAUCAAAAUACAAAUAUCAUCAAAAUUAUUUUUUUUUCUUUUCUUAUGCCCUCUUAUCCUGGAAAUUGUAGUCAUUGCAGACUGAAAUGUAAAAACAAAAUCAGUAAUUAGCCAAAAAACAAGCAAAUUAAAAAUGAGAUCUGAAUCAAAUGAUAUUAGCAUUGGCACUCAGAGGCAGGAAAUAACGAGACAGGGUGAAGUCAUUCACAGGAGCCAAGGAGAACAGCAAUCUGUGAAGAGGAGAGAUGGGGCUACCUGUAAGGGCCAGGAGGACAGCCCAAAGGGAAUGUGUUUGAAUAGGUAGUGUGAAAUCUGGGAGAGUCCAUUCUUUAUAUAAUCUAUCAGUGAGAAGAAAAUAUUCCAUGGAGCGAGAAUCUUAUUAAAUAUACUGAUCUGUGCUUUGCUUUGAGCGUAGUUUGAUGGGAGUCUGAAUUCAGCAUAGUUCUCCUCGGUGAGACAUGUAAAUAGGAGUGCAGUUAUUGUCAUGCAAUAAUAAGAGUUUCUCCUUAUACAUUGAAGACUAUCGCUGAAUCUCACUUGUGAGCCUAUUGCUAGAUCUCCACGUUCAGAACGUUACUGUUAAUAAUACGUUUAGAUCUAUCCACCAAUAAACAGAGGGCACCACACUCCCAUUGAUUCACAAGUCAGAAUUGUCGAGAGAUGAAAGUUCAUUUGCAGUGAAUUUCGAAUUUGAGGCUACAAUAGCCAAACUAAAAUUCAUGGAGCUCAAGAACAAACUGUAUUUGAAGAAUUUUUUCUAUUCAUAUUACGCCACGUGUGGGCUCAUAUUUGGAGAUUACUUAACUUUAUUCUUUAACCCCUUAAGGACCAAACUUCUGGAAUAAAAGGGAAUCAUGACAUGUCACAUAUGUCACGUGUCCUUAAGGGGUUAAUAUUAUUUCUAAAUUUGAUAUUCAUGUUUACAGAGUAGAGGCGCACUUGGGAAAAUCUAUUGUUUUGACUUGUUAGAUUUCAAAUUUUACCCUUGAAUGCAUGUUAUUCCCUAUAGGGAGUGAAUGAAGGUGGUGGUCACAGUUAGUGCUAAUUUAGGGAGUUAUCUGCUAAACUACUGAAAUAUCAAAAUCAGGAAAAUCCCUUCCAUAGCACGCUCAUUUACUAUCCUUACUUGGGAUUGCCAUAUUUAAGGAUACCAAAUAAAGGUAUCUGCUAAACACUGCCCUAAAUUGGGGUCCUUAAUUAUGGCAAUCCCUUGUAAGGACAGCAAAUGAGGGAGUUAUCUACUAAACAAAUGAAGAACUUGGCUUUACUUACUUUUGGUCUUUGGGGUAUUUAGUAAAUAAAUCCUUAAUUAUGGCAAUCUCAAACAAGUUAGGAAGCUAGUUACUAAAUAGAUGAAAGAUGAACAUUUCCUAAUUUUUCUCUUUAAAAGGACCACUAUAGGCACCCAGACCACUUCAGCUUCAGAGAAACUGCUAUGUUUAUAUUAGGGUUAAUCCAGCCUCUAGUGGCUGUCUCAUUGACAGCCGCUAGAGGCGCUUGCGUGCUUCUCACUGUUAUUUUCACAGUGAGAAGACACCAGCGUCCAUAGGAAACCAUUGUGAGGAGGCGCAAUCAGCUGAGGAGGCGGAGAGGAGGAGGAGAGCUCCCCGCCUGGCGCUGGAGUGGGACCCUGAAGGUGGGGGCACCCUCAGGGCACUAUAGUGCCUGGAAAACGAGUAUGUUUCCUGGCAGUAUAGUGGUCCUUUAAGUUGUCUACUAUAAAACUCCCUAAUUUGCUAUCCAUACCAAAACGAAUGGAUACCAAAGUUAUCGAUUCGAUUUUUUACAGAUCCAUUUUUAUUCGUUUUAGUUUUAUUUUCCGUCCGAUUCAGAUUUCCAAGUUACCGAAUUGGAUGAAAUUUGAUUUGAAACAAAACAAAUCGUACAUGUCUAAUAUAGAGCUGAACAUUUAUAAACGUGUGCUUUACAAAAAGUGCUGUUCAGAGAUGCUUACAUUUUUUAGAUUCACCCAUAAACACACAGGAGCUUAAAGUUAUAUUAAUUGACGGUCUUUCUCAGUCAUCUGUAUUCUACAGUAUAUGGAACACUGUGACGUAUUAUGCAAAUUAAUUAAAGGCACACUGUAGUCACCAGAACAACUACAGCUUAAUGUAUAAUAUACAGCUUAAUAUACGGUAUACAGCUUAAUGUAUAAUAUACAGCUUAAUAUACGGUAUACAGCUUAAUGUAUAAUAUACAGCUUAAUAUACGGUAUACAGCUUAAUGUAUAAUAUACAGUUUAAUGUACUGUAUACAGCUUAAUGUACUGUAUACAGCUCAAUGUACUGUAUACAGCUUAAUGUAUGAUAUACAGGUUAAUGUACAGUAUACAGCUUAAUGUAUAGUAUACAGCUUAAUGUACGGUAUAGAGGUUAAUGUAUAGUAUACAGCUUAAUGUACGGUAUAGAGGUUAAUGUAUAAUAUACAGCUUAAUAUACGGUAUACAGCUUAAUGUACGGUAUAGAGGUUAAUGUAUAGUAUACAGCUUAAUGUACGGUAUAGAGGUUAAUGUAUAAUAUACAGCUUAAUGUAUGAUAUACAGCUUGAUGUACAGUAUACAGCUUACUGUAUAGUAUAUAGCUUAAUGUAUAAUAUACAGCUUAAUGUAGUUAUUCAGAUAAGAAUAGCAUGUCCCCUCAGGCUUUUUAAUGUAAACACUGCCUUUUUAAGAUAAAAUAUAGUGUUUACAUUGCUCCCAAGGGACACCUCCAGUGGCCACUCCUCAGAUUACCACGAGAGGUGCUUCCUGGGUCAGUGCUGACAUUCAGCAUCUCGACUCUUUUGAUUGUGGGUGGCGCAAGCGCCGGCAGAACAGCGCAGCGCUUAAAAUAAGGUGAGUUUUCUAGUUAUGUAAAGGGGGGGGGGCAAGAAAUAUGGUGAGUUUUCUAUUUAUUUAGGGGGGCAAAAAAUAAGGUGGGUUUUCUAGUUAUUUAAGGGGGGCAAGAAAUAAGGUGAGUUUUCUAGUUAUGUAAAGGGGGGGCAAGAAAUAAGGUGAGUUUUCUAUUUAUUUAGGGGGGCAAAAAAUAAGGUGGGUUUUCUAGUUAUUUAAGGGGGGCAAGAAAUAAGGUGAGUUUUCUAGUUAUUUAGGGGGGUCAAGAGGCCUACACUAUAGGGUCAAGAAUACACAAUUGUGUUCCUUUAAUUAUAUUAUCUGGUUUGAUAUUUACAUUUGAAAUUCAGAAUAAUUUUAAAAAGUAAGCUACUAUUUGUUAUAUGAGAUCAAUGCAGCCAUAUUCCGACUGGCUUUCUAUAACUGAGUUAUAUCUGGGUAUCCUGGCUAUUUUAUUUUUUAUCUGGAGCGGAAAAAGAGCCGUUGUUUUCUGUUUAGAUGAAUUUUUCAUCAAGUUAUAUAAUCCAUGGUUCAGCUGAAGCAAGAUAAUGUUACAAGCUCAGCUAACAAGUCUUUGUAUUUAAAUUGCAGUUUAAUUGCAUGAGUUACGAUGCCUAACGGAGCAUGGGGCUCGUGUAAACUGUGAUGCCCUUUAUUCAGGAAAGAAUAAAACAUUGUCUAUUUCCUUUCUAUUUUGGCCAAAAUAAAGAAAAUGCAAAGACUUAAAGAUUAAUCAGUUAGCCCAGCCAAUUUAUCCAGAUAACCUUUCACCUUGAAACUACCCAACUAUCCUUUAAUCUGUCAUUCACCCUGAUAAUCUUCUAAUUCAUCCUGAGAAUCUGUCAUUCACCCUGAUAAUCCUCUAAUUCAUCCAGAGAAUCUGUUAUUCAUCCUGUUAAUCAUUUUAUUCAUCCUGUGAAUCUGUCCAUUUACUCUGAUAAUCCACGAAUUCAUCCAGAGAAUCUGUCCAUUCACCCUGAAAAUGCACUAAUUCUUCGGGAGAAUCUGUCCAUUCACCUUGUUUAUCCUUUUAUUCAUCCAGAUAAUCUGUCAAUUUACUCUGAUAAUCCGCUAAUUCAUUUGAGAAUCUGUCAUUCACCGUGAUUAUCCGCUAAUUCAUCCAGAAAUUCUGUCCAUUCAUCUUGAACAUUUUUCAUUCACCCAGGGAAUAUGCUGAUUCACUCUGACAGUCUACUAAUUCAGAAUCUGUCCAUUCAUCAUUAUCGGAUCACUAACAAUAAAUAUAUUUAUUUUGAAUAUCAGUGUUCCUGAGCUCUAGAUGAUGGCCCCUCCCAUGUGAAAUAACUGGUAAUCCAUCUCUGCACAGUCUCUGUGAGACACUUCUCUUCUUCUGACCCCAUCUGUCUAGAUAGUCUCUGCUUCAAUCCAAUGCUUCUUAUAGAGAAACAUUUGGGACCUACAGGAAAUGCAUGGAACUCACCACAGCCAGUCUGAUAGUUCUCAUAGAGAGACACUGGGGACCCACGGGACAUGCAUGGUACUCACCACACACAGCCAGUCUGAUAGUUCUCAUAGAGAGACACUGGGGACCCACGGGACAUGCAUGGUACUCACCACACUCAGCCAGUCUGAUACUUCUCAUUUACAAGAAAGGUAAUAGGGAGGAGUCAGGCAACUAUAGGCCAGUAACCCUUACUUCAGUAGUGGGGAAAGUGAUGGAAACCAUGUUAAAAGAUAGAAUUGAUGAACAUCUAAAAACACAUGGAUUUCAAGAUCAGAGACAACGUUUACUUCAAGGAGAUCAUGCCAAACUAAUCUUAUUGAUUUUUUUGAUUGGGUAACUAAAAUUAUAGAUCAUUGUGGUGCAGUAGACAUUGCUUACCUAGAUUUCAGUAAGGCUUUUGACACUGUUGCACAUAGAAGGCUUAUCAAUAAACUGCAAUCUUUAAGUUUGGAUUCAAAUAUUGUUGAAUGGGUAAGGCAGUGGCUGAGUGACAGGCAACAGAGGGUUGUAGUUAAUGGAAUAUAUUCGAAGCUUGGACUUGUCACCAGUGGGGUACCUCAGGGAUCUGUACUUGGAUCCAUUCUCUUUAAUAUUUUUAUUAGUGAUAUUGCAGAAGGUCUUGAUGGUAAGGUAUGUCUUUUUGCUGAUGAUACUAAGAUAUGUAACAGGGUUGAUGUUCCAGGAGGGAUAAGCCAAAUGGCAAAUGAUUUAGGUAAACUAGAAAAAUGGUCAGAAUUGUGGCAACUGACAUUUAAUGUGGAUAAGUGCAAGAUAAUGCAUCUUGGACGUAAAAACCCAAGGGCAGAGUACAGAAUAUUUGAUAGAGUCCUAACCUCAACAUAUGAGGAAAGGGAUUUAGGGGUGAUUAUUUCUGAUGACUUAAAGGUAGGCAGACAAUGUAAUAGAGCAGCAGGAAAUGCUAGCAGAAUGCUUGGUUGUAUAGGGAGAGGUAUUAGCAGUAGAAAGAGGGAAGUGCUCAUGCCAUUGUACAGAACACUGGUGAGACCUCACUUGGAGUAUUGUACACAGUACUGGAGACCGUAUCUUCAGAAGGAUAUUGAUACCUUAGAGAGGGUUCAGAGAAGGGCUACUAAACUGGUUCAUGGAUUGCGGGAUAAAACUUACCAGGAAAGGUUAAAGGAUCUUAACAUGUAUAGCUUGGAGGAAAGACGAGACAGGGGGGAUAUGAUAGAAACAUUUAAAUAUAUAAAGGGAAUCAACACAGUAAAGGAGGAGACUAUAUUUAAAAGAAGAAAAACUACCACAACAAGAGGACAUAGUCUUAAAUUACAGGUACAAAGGUUUAAAAAUAAUAUCAGGAAAUAUUACUUUACUGAGAGGGUAGUGGAUGCAUGGAAUAGCCUUCCAGCUGAAGUGGUAGAGGUUAACACAGUAAAGGAGUUUAAGCAUGCGUGGGAUAGGCAUAAGGCUAUCCUAACUAUAAGAUAAGACUAGGGACUAAUGAAAGGAUUUAGAAAAUUGGGCAGACUAGAUGGGCGGAAUGGUUCUUAUCUGCCGUCACAUUCUAUGUUUCUAUGAGACACUGGGGACCCACGGGACAUGCAUGUUACUCACCACAUUCAGCCAGUCUGAUAUUUCUCAUAGAGACACACUGGGGACCUACAGGAAAUGAACAUUUGCCAACUGUCCUGUUUUUGCUGCAACAGUCCCGGCAUGUGCGCUUGUCAGUCCAUAAGGUAGGGGAGAAAGAGACAAACAGAUGGACUCGGGAGAGAGAGACACAGAGGGGCCUGGGAAGGAGAAAGACGCACAGAGGGGCCUGGGGUGACAUAAACACACACAAAGGCGCUGGGGGGAGUAAAAGAAACAAUAGGGUUGGGGGAGUAAAAGAAACAAUAGGGCUGGGGGAGUAAAAGGAACAAUAGGGCUGGGGAGCAAAGGAACAAUAGGGGCUGGGGAGAAAUAAAACAAUAGGGUUAGGAGUAAAAAUAAAACAAUAGGCCGGGGAGUAAAGAAACAAUAGGCUUGGGGAGAAAACAAUAGGGCUGGGGGAGUAAAGGAAACAAUAGGGUCAGGGGGAGUGUAAAAGAAACGAUAGGGCUAGGAGCAAAGAAACAAUAGGGUUGAGGGAGAGUACAAGAAACAAUAAGGCUGGGGGAGUAAAAGGAACAAUAGGACUGGGGGGAGUAAAAUAAACAAUAGGGCUGGGAGAGGAAGACAUGCAAAAAGUUGUGAGGAUGUAGGAGACAUACAAAGAGAAAUACAGGGAGCUUGUAUACACUAAAGGGGGGUGUAAGACACAAAAAAAUACAAAAAAUAUUUUAACAAAAUAUAGUAAUAAAAAUAAAGAGCUGCAAGACUCAGCCUACCCCACAAACUCUCUCUUUCACACUACACACACAUAUACACAGUGCAUCCCUACACACACACACACACAGAAACACACAACUCAUCCCUACACAUACACAGAAACACACAAUUUAUAAACACACACAUACACACAAUGCAUCCCUACACACAAAAACACACAAUUUAUCCCCACACUCACACACACACACAGAAAAACACAGUGCAUCCCUACACAUACACAGAAACACAGAAUGCAUCCCUAAACACGCACAGAAACACACAACUCAUCCCUACACAAACUCAUCCCUACACAUACACAGAACACACAACCCAUCCCUACACACACACACAGAAGCACAUAAUACACAUACACACACAAUGCAUCCCUACACAGAUAUCCCAAACUACGCCAUCACUGUAUAAAUAGAGAGAAUCGCUGAUUGGAUAUCCCAAACUCCUCCAUCACUGUAUAAAUAGAGAGAACCACUGAUUGGAUAUCCCAAACUACGCCAUCACUGUAUAAAUAGAGAGAAUCACCGAUUGGAUAUCCCAAACUACGCCAUCACUGUAUAAAUAGAGAGAAUCACUGAUUGGAUAUCCCAAACUACUCCAUCGCUGUAUAAAUAGAGAGAAUCACUGAUUGGAUAUCCCAAACUCCUCCAUCACUGUAUAAAUAGAGAGAACCACUGAUUGGAUAUCCCAAACUCCUCCAUCACUGUAUAAAUAGAGAGAAUCACUGAUUGGAUAUCCCAAACUACUCCAUCACUGUAUAAAUAGAGAGAACCACUGAUUGGAUAUCCCAAACUACUCCAUCACUGUAUAAAUAGAGAGAACCACUGAUUGGAUAUCCCAAACUACUCCAUCACUGUAUAAAUAGAGAGAAUCACCGAUUGGAUAUCCCAAACUACUCCAUCACUGUAUAAAUAGAGAGAAUCACCGAUUGGAUAUCACAAACUACUCCAUCGCUGUAUAAAUAGAGAGAAUCACUGAUUGGAUAUCCCAAACUACUCCAUCACUGUAUAAAUAGAAUCACCGAUUGGAUAUCUCAAACUACUCCAUCACUGUAUAAAUAGAGAGAAUCACUGAUUGGAUAUCCUAAAGUACUCCAUCACUGUAUAAAUAGAGAGAACCACUGAUUGGAUAUCCCAAACUACUCCAUCACUGUAUAAAUAGAGAGAAUCACCGAUUGGGUAUCCCAAACUGCUCCAUCACUGUAUAAAUAGAGAGAAUCACUGAUUGGAUAUCCCAAACUACUCCAUCGCUGUAUAAAUAGAGAGAACCACUGAUUGGAUAUCCCAAACUACUCCAUCACUGUAUAAAUAGAGAGAAUCACCGAUUGGAUAUCCCAAACUACUCCAUCACUGUAUAAAUAGAGAGAAUCACUGAUUGGGUAUCCCAAACUACUCCAUCACUGUAUAAAUAGAGAGAAUCACUGAUUGGAUAUCCCAAACUACUCCAUCACUGUAUAAAUAGAGAGAACCACUGAUUGGAUAUCCCAAACUACUCCAUCACUGUAUGAAUAGAGAGAAUCACUGAUUGGAUAUCCCAAACUACUCCAUCACUGUAUAAAUAGGGAGAAUCACUGAUUGGAUAUCCCAAACUACUCCAUCACUGUAUAAAUAGAGAGAAUCACUGAUUGGAUAUCCCAAACUACUCCAUCACUGUAUAAAUAGAGAGAAUCACCGAUUGGAUAUCCCAAACUGCUCCAUCACUGUAUAAAUAGAGAGAAUCUCUGGUUGGAUAUCCCAAACUACUCCAUCACUGUAUAAAUAGAGAGAAUCAUUGAUUGGGUAUCCCAAACUGCUCCAUCACUGUAUAAAUAGAGAGAACCACUGAUUGGAUAUCCCAAACUACUCCAUCAGCUGUAUAAAUAGAGAGAACCACUGAUUGGAUAUCCCAAACUACGCCAUCACUGUAUAAAUAGAGAGAAUCUCUGGUUGGAUAUCCCAAACUACUCCAUCACUGUAUAAAUAGGGAGAAUCACUGAUUGGAUAUCCCAAACUACUCCGUCACUGUAUAAAUAGAGAGAAUCACUGAUUGGAUAUCCCAAACUACUCCAUCGCUGUAUAAAUAGAGAGAACCACUGAUUGGAUAUCCCAAACUACUCCAUCACUGUAUAAAUAGAGAGAAUCACUGAUUGGAUAUCACAAACUACUCCAUCGCUGUAUAAAUAGAGAGAAUCACUGAUUGGAUAUCCCAAACUACUCCAUCACUGUAUAAAUAGAGAGAAUCACUGAUUGGAUAUCCCAAACUACUCCAUCACUGUAUAAAUAGAGAGAAUCACCGAUUGGAUAUCACAAACUACUCCAUCACUGUAUAAAUAGAGAGAAUCACUGAUUGGAUAUCCCAAACUACUCCAUCACUGUAUAAAUAGAGAAUCACUGAUUGGAUUGGAUAUCCCAAACUACCCAUCAGCUGUAUAAAUAGGAGAAUCACCGAUGAUAUCGCUAGAUAAAUAGAGAGAAUCACCGAUUGGAUAAAUAGAGAUGAUCCCAAACUACUCCAUCGCUGUAUAAAUAGAGAGAAUCACUGAUUGGAUAUCCCAAACUACUCCAUCGCUGUAUAAAUAGAGAGAACCACUGAUUGGAUAUCCCAAACUACUCCAUCGCUGUAUAAAUAGAGAGAAUCACUGAUUGGAUAUCCCAAACUACUCCAUCGCUGUAUAAAUAGAGAGAACCACUGAUUGGAUAUCCCAAACUACUCCAUCGCUGUAUAAAUAGAGAGAAUCACUGAUUGGAUAUCCCAAACUACUCCAUCGCUGUAUAAAUAGAGAGAACCACUGAUUGGAUAUCCCAAACUACUCCAUCGCUGUAUAAAUAGAGAGAACCACUGAUUGGAUAUCCCAAACUACUCCAUCGCUGUAUAAAUAGAGAGAAUCACUGAUUGGAUAUCACAAACUACUCCAUCACUGUAUAAAUAGAGAGAAUCACUGAUUGGAUAUCACAAACUACUCCAUCACUGUAUAAAUAGAGAGAAUCACUGAUUGGAUAUCCCAAACUACUCCAUCACUGUAUGAAUAGAGAGAAACACUGAUUGGAUAUCCCAAACUACUCCAUCACUGUAUGAAUAGAGAGAACUACUGACUGGAUAUCCCAAACUACUCCAUCACUGUAUAAAUAGAGAGAAUCUCUGAUUGGAUAUCCCAAACUACUCCAUCGCUGUAUAAAUAGAGAGAAUCACUGAUUGGAUAUCCCAAACUACUCCAUCACUGUAUGAAUAGAGAGAACCACUGAUUGGAUAUCCCAAACUACGCCAUCACUGUAUAAAUAGAGAGAAUCACUGAUUGGAUAUCCCAAACUACGCCAUCACUGUAUAAAUAGAGAGAAUCUCUGGUUGGAUAUCCCAAACUACUCCAUCACUGUAUAAAUAGAGAGAAUCACUGAUUGGAUAUCCCAAACUACUCCAUCGCUGUAUAAAUAGAGAGAACCACUGAUUGGGUAUCCCAAACUACUCCAUCGCUGUAUAAAUAGAGAGAAUCACUGAUUGGAUAUCACAAACUACUCCAUCACUGUAUGAAUAGAGAGAACCACUGAUUGGGUAUCCCAAACUACUCCAUCACUGUAUGAAUAGAGAGAACCACUGAUUGGAUAUCCCAAACUACUCCAUCACUGUGUAUUUGUAAAAUCCAGGAGCUGUGAGAACGGUGCUUCUGAUAAGGCCACACAAUGUUCUUAUCAGAGGCACCAAUUUCACAACCCGUAGAUUUUACGAAUAGUGUCCUUUCUCUGUUAUGAUGACCUAAGUGAACAGCAAAUGUGUCAAUUAUUUGUUUCUCACUAUUGUUACCAUAAACUAUAUAUAUUUCUUACUUCUGACUUUAUAAUAUUGGAAAAAAAUUUAAAAAGAAAAAAUCAAAUCCCCCCCAAAAACUAACUACAUCUGCUAACUAUGAUCCAUUUCCAAAGUUUUACACAGAACGUAGCAGACUCAUUCUGCAUUUACUGGUUAAAAAGAAAGCAUGUUUUUGCAUAUUUGAGAAAUUAAUUUAAUUAAGAUACGAUAGAAGUGCUGGUGUUUCAGUAAUUAAACUAAAAUCUCUUCUUCCUGAACUCCUUGAAUGACCUUCUUUCUAACAUUUGAUUUCAUAAUGAGGUUGAUGCACGUAAUUAAACCUUUUUCCACAAAUCUAUUGAGAGCCAUACAGCAAAUUAAUUAUAGCAGUAUAUUAAACAAUAAUAUUUCAAAAUAAAUACAGAUUAGAAGUUCAUUCUAAAAUGUGCUUUUAUUAAAGGACCACUCUGUAUUUACUCCAGCCUCCCGUAAUAAUCUCAGUGGUCCUCUCAAUGAAGUAAUUAUAGGGGCUAUACUCUCGCUAUACCCCAUCAUGGGGUUACAACAUUUUAGAACGAUAUGACUCCAAAGUUGGCAUCCUGUAGUACUGCCUCCUGUGUCCUUCUUCAGCUGCCACGGUGGUCAGGUAUAGUUGAGUUGGUGGCCAGUAAUAGCAAUAGUAGCCUACUGUAGAACCCAGGCCUGCCGUAGAGCAGAUGCCUACCGUAGAACCAAGGCCUACCAUUGAGCACAAGCCUAUGUGCCUGUAAGAUGGAAUUGUCAUUUUUUAUUUUUGUUACGAUUAUGCCAAAGUAAAACAAAGGAAAUUCUAAUGUAAUGGGUUAAAAAAAUAUUAUAUUACAUUAAAUAAUAAUAAAAGAUACCAUAAUUAAUAAAAAAUACUGGAAAAUAAAUCAAAUUGGCUUGCAACUUUUAUUCAGCAUGCAUCCAACAGGAUCCACAUUCACAAAUUAGCAUUCACUAUUUUAUGCAAAUGGCAUGCGGGGGUUAAUUAUGUGGUGACUGGCAAACGCUCCCUGGCCACAAACCGCAUUAAUAAAGUAAUGAAUAACAAGCCUGUGGGAGUCGAUAAGAGAUCCACAUUUUAUAAGGGAGGCUUUUUAUUUACUAAAUGUUUUAAACUAGCAAAUGUGCAGCCAUUGGUGCCAGGUCACUAGUAAGGCCCCUGCCCAUGGGGAUGAAGUCUGUAAAAUUACUGGAUGGUCAUAGUCAUGGGUAUCGAUUGGGGGGCAUUAGAUAUAUACAUUGGGAGAGGACAAAUCAAUGUCAACUUAUGGCCAGCUGGAAGAACAAUGGUGGUGACAUCCUAUUGCCCCCCUGCCCCCACCUUUUAUCAGCAGUGGGGGCUAUUAAUUUUAUACCAUGGACCUAAUUUUCCCACUUUAGCCCCCACCCAAUAGCAGCAGGUGGGGGCUCUAUUAAUAAUACAUGGGGGAACUAAUCGGUGGCAGGUGGGGCUCUAAGUAAUUGUACAAGAGGAAGACAUGCACCUAGUUUUGGAUAAAGGUUAGAUGCAAGUUUUUUUAUGUGGAGGCCAAAAGAUAGAUUGGGGUCUAACAUCAUACCCAGGUAUUUGAAAGAGUGGACUGCGGUCAGUGUGCCAUUUGAAUUUGUUUUGAUUUGUUUGGUUAUAAAUGUUAAUAUUGGGGCUUUGUGAAUCUUCCCAAUCCUGUGUGAUUUGUCAUUUUGGUGAAUAACUGUUAGUAAAUCCGAUGAUAUUUUACAUAUCACCAACACAGGCCAUGAAAAGGAGAUAAUUCCGCAUUCUCUAUGUGGAUGGAACUAGAAAGAAUGGUGUUUUAUUGUUAUCUGGCACCAUCUAGUGUUUACUGAUAUUAUUACAUGCAAACCUACAUGUACAUAUAAAUAACAAUUGCAGAAGGUUGAUUUUCAUUGUGUAGAAACUCACAAAAUCAUCUGGUAACCUCAUUCACACACCAGAAAUACAGCAUUAAAUGGGAUCAUGAGAAUCUGCUCAUACCUUAAUUAAGACAGUUUAACGUUAGGGGUGUGUGGCCAGGGCUGGGGCCUGGUUUUGUGCUUGCCUAGGCAGGACAAAACUCAGGCGCCCCUCAACCAUUCCCCCCGCCCCGCCUUCUAAAUACACACACACACACACACACACACACACACUCACUGACAGAUAUGCAUACACUAGCUAACAGACACACACAGAAACACACUAGCAGACACACUCACUAGCAGACACACACACACUCACUGGCAAACACACUCACACUAACAGACACACACACAGUCAGACACACACACUAACAGACACACACUAACAGACACACACACUCACACUAACAGACACACACACUAACAGACAUACACACACACUAAAUCACAUUAACACAUUUUUUUUUAUUUAACCCCCCCAGCCUCCUUACCUUUGGGAAUGCUGGGGGGGGUUCUCUUUCUCCCUGAGGGUCCAGUUGCUGCUAGGCGGGCGGCGCUGGCAGGCGUCUGGCGAGGGAGCACUUCCCCUGAGUACUCUGCUCAGCUCCCUCACGCGCCGCAGAGUGAGGCUGGGAGACGGAAUAUGAUGUCAUAUUCCAGCUCCCAGCCUCACUCUGCGGCGCGUGAGGGAGCUGAGCAGACAGCUCAGAGGAAGAGCUCCCUCGCCAGCCGAUUGCCAUCGCCGCCCGCCCAGCAUGUCAGUUAGCCGCAAGGCUAAAAAGACACUUGCCCCCUAUGGGCGUCAGCAUCUUCUUACUGUGAGGUGGACAUUAGAAGAGAAAAGAGGGACAGAGGGAUAGGAGCCCAAAAUAGGGACUGUCUCUCCUAAAUAGGGACACUUAGGAGGUAUAAGAUGAUGUGAUGUGAGAAUGCAUUUGUGCGUUGUGUCUGAAUGCUGGGUAUAUAUACACUAAAUUCUAUUUAUUUGUCAUAUUUUCCUGUAGUUGGGGAGGGCAGAAUAGACACAGCACCUGGGCAUUUUCCAAUUUCUGUUUCAGUUUUGCUGGUUAUUCCUACUAAUCCUGUUAAUAUAUAUGUGUGAACAGAUUGUGAGUGAGUGCAGUGUGUGAAUUGGAAGAUGUAUUUCUAUAGAAAUGUAUGACUGUAACGCUUAUUCUCUAAAAUAGCAAUUGUCCAGAUAUUCUAAGAAAUGCAGAUUUAAGUGAAAUUUGUAAAAAAAAACACAAAACCUAAUGGCAUUUGCAGUUCCCUAGGACAGUGUGCAUGUAUGAUGCAUGUUAAUGUGUGUAGUAACACAUGAAUGUAGAUGUUAACGAAUGAAUUUAUUCAGUGCUGGGAUGUUGUCAUUCAUAAAGAAAGGCUGAAUCCUCAGUCUCCACUUUUCUAUAAAUGACGAUUUCUGUAUCGCUAUAUGUCCAUAAUACAUUGCCCAUUGCACACAGUCAUGGAAUGUGCUUUAUAAAGGAAUCAAUGAAAUGUGAAUUAGAAAUGAUUAUUAUUAUUAUUAUUACUUGCAUGUGUUUGAUAUUUCUAGUGUUCAUAGGAGGAUUGAUAUAAUGAAGUCAAAUAUCUACAUGAGCGUAUAUUUUAUUUUCCAGAUAUCGAGGAUAUGUUCCAGCCCAAGCCUUCACCUAUGGAGAUACGUUUGGAAACACCUCGGCUCGAUACUUCCAGGAUUUCCGCUCUACGGCUCUGAAUUCCAGCCAGACGCACUACUCUAAGGGCGGGCAGUUCCCUACGAGAUACUCAAAUGAUCCUGCAUUAGUUAUAAGCAACAGGUCUCGGGGGUGGGACAGAUGGCUGUAUAGUCCAAACUGCUCAAGAUAUAACGUGGACUACGAUAGAACAGAAGAACUGAAACACUUUAAAAAGGUCUGUAACCUGACAGAACAGCUUAACUCCCCAAAAUAGUCAUUAUUACACCAUGAAUGCUACUUGGCCUGCAUUUAAACAUAUUAUAGGAUCUGUUCACUAAGCAAAAAGUUGUGGUGAUUUGAAAACUUACAUUCAAAAAAGGCCAAUACAUUUUCCCAUCUCCCAAGUGUCCCUAAUUAGGAGGGACAGUCCCUAUUUUGGGCCCAAAUCCCUCUAUCCCUCUUUUCUAGGAGCUCCAUAUUGUUGGUGUGUACAGUUGAAUCACAGAACCCCACAGUAAUAAUACUCCCGGUAAUGUGUCUGAGUGUAUAACAGAGCUCCACAGCAAUAAUACUCCCAGUAAUGUGUCUGAGUGUAUAACAGAGCUCCACAGCAAUAAUACUCCCAGUAAUGUGUCUGAGUGUAUAACAGAGCGCCACAGCAAUAAUACUCCCAGUAAUGUGUCUGAGUGUAUAACAGAGCUCCACAACAAUAAUAAUCCCAGUAAUGUGUCUGAGUGUAUAACAGAGCUCCACAGCAAUAAUAAUCCCAGUAAUGUGUCUGAGUGUAUAACAGAGCUCCACAGCAAUAAUACUCCCAGUAAUGUGUCUGAGUGUAUAACAGAGCUCCACAGCAAUAAUACUCCCAGUAAUGUGUCUGAGUGUAUAACAGAGCUCCACCGCAAUAAUACUCCCAGUAAUGUGUCUGAGUAUAUAACAGUGCUCCACAGCAAUAAUACUCCCAGUAAUGUGUCUGAUGGUAUAACAGAGUUCCACAGCAAUAAUACUCCCAGUAAUGCGUCUGAGUGUAUAACAGAGCUCCACUGCAAUAAUAUUCCCAGUAAUGUGUCUGAGUGUAUAACAGAGCUCCACAGCAAUAAUACUCCCAGUAAUGUGUCUGAGUGUAUAACAGAGCUCCACAGCAAUAAUACUCCCAGUAAUGUGUCUGUGUGUAUAACAGAACUCCACAGCAAUAAUACUCCCAGUAAUGUGUCCGAGUGUAUAACAGAGCUCCACAGCAAUAAUACUCCCAGUAAUAUGUCCGAGUGUAUAACAGAGCUCCACAGCAAUAAUACUCCCAGUAAUAUGUCCGAGUGUAUAACAGAGCUCCACAGCAAUAAUACUCCCAGUAAUGUGUCUGAGUGUAUAACAGAGCUCCACAGCAAUAAUACCCCAGUAAUGUGUCUGAGUGUAUAACAGAGCUCCACAGCAAUAAUACUCCCAGUAAUGUGUCUGAGUGUAUAACAGAGCUCCACAGCAAUAAUACUCCCAGUAACGUGUCCGAGUGUAUAACAGAGCUCCACAGCAAUAAUACUCCCAGUAAUGUGUCUGAGUGUAUGACAGAGCUCCACAGCAAUAAUAUUCCCAGUAAUGGGUCUGAGUGUAUAACAGAGCUCCACAGCAAUAAUACUCCCAGUAAUGUGUCUGAGUGUAUAACAGAGCUCCACAGCAAUAAUACUCCCAGUAAUGUGUCUGAGUGUAUAACAGAGCUCCACAGCAAUAAUACUCCCAGUAAUGUGUCUGAGUGUGUAACAGAGCUCCACAGCAAUAAUACUCCCAGUAAUGUGUCUGAGUGUGUAACAGAGCCCCACAGCAAUAAUACUCCCAGUAAUGUGUCUGAGUGUAUAACAGAGCUCCACAGCAAUAAUACUCCCAGUAAUGUGUCUGAGUGUAUAACAGAGCUCCACAGCAAUAAUACUCCCAGUAAUGUGUCUGAGUGUAUAACAGAGCUCCACAGCAAUAAUACUCCCAGUAAUGUGUCUUUAAACUCCAAUAAAUGUGUUUAGCAAGCAGUCUUUGUAAAUAAGAUACACUGUUCUUUUUCUAAAUUACAUUUUAAAUUGUAUUGAUUGUUAUUAGUAAGUCACUGAAAAUUUCCCAGAACAGCCCCGCCCCUCGCCACACCCCUAUAAUUAAAGUGUCUGGCUUUAUCCAUUUUAAAUGUUGUUGUGUUACAUUUUGCUAGUCAGUUAUCAAGUCACUGGAUGGAUCUAUAUCUGUUGUUGUGAAAUUCCAAGAUUUUAUGAAUGUGUCCCUUUAAGGGAUCUUUGCAUUAAAGGGAUACUCCAGGCACCCAGACCACUUCUGCCCAUUGGAGUGGUCUGGGUGCCAACUCCCACUGCCCUUAAUCCUGCAACUGUAAAUAUUGUGCAGUUUUCAUAAACCGCAAUAAUUACCUUGCAGGGUUAAGUCCUCCUCUAGUGGCUGUCUACUAGACAGCCACUAGAGGGACUUCCAUGUUCAUAGAACACGAAAAGUGUUUUAAAACAACGCUGGACCUCCUCACGCUGUGUGAGGACCUUCAGCGUUGCUGAAAUCCCCAUAGGAAAGCAUUGUGAUUUAGGAUAAGAUGGCCUACAUUAAUUGUACUAGGGUGUCUAUUCACUAAGUGCCGAACGGCAUCCAAACAGCAUCUGUUUAAACCCAUUUGGCCAGUCACGAACUGCAUUUGCACUCUGGUUUGGCUGCAGUUUGGGACUCCAUAUAAUAUGGCUUUCUUGGUAAUCAAAGGUCGGCACUCCAGGUGUUGUGGACUACAUCUCCCACAAUACUCUUACAGCCAUAAUGCUGGCAGAGCAUUAUGGGAGGUGUAGUCCAAAACAUUUGGAGUGCUGAAGUUUGCCUAUCCCUGGCCUAGAGUUUUAGGUGCAGGUCCCCUGCUCUGUAUAAGGGGAAUUGGAACAACUGAAGCGGUUGAGCUCUAAUUUGGCUGUAAUUCACCUGUUUGUGAAUUACCAAGAAACCCAUAUUAUAUGGAGUCCCAAACUGCAGCUAAACCAGAGUGCAAAUGCAGUUCGUGACUGGCCAAAUGGGUUUAAACAGAUGCUGUUUGGAUGCCGUUCGGCACUUAGUGAAUAGACACCCUAAUACACUUAAUGGGCUAUCAAAACUGACUCCAAAUCUUACAUUUAAUUAGUUUUAAUCUUGUGAGUUUUUUUAUAUAUUUAUAAAUAAUUAACAUUUUCAAAAAGUCACAAUUUUAGUCAUGCGUGAGGAGUAUUCAUAAACCCAAUUAACUAUGAGGUGGGUUGAAAUAUAUUAAGUAAACUUCAAUUUAUUUAUUUUUUUACAUUUUAGGGUUACAGACAAAAAGUUAAACAAAUGUGUUUGCUCCUUGAUGCUGUAAGAUUGAAAUCAGUUUGUGAAGCAACCAAAAUACUAGAAUAAUUUGAUAAAAAGUAAACACUCUAAGAAAUAAAGUGUGACUAAAGGCAGCAACAAGCUAACAAAUUAAUAUAUUUAACCAACACAUUACAUUAUAAUCGCAAAAACGUAUAUAUGUAUAUCAUUUCACAUAAGGAAAUAGUAAGGUCAUUUGCAUUGGAUCAUUCGAUAUAGAAUAAAGCAAUAUCUCACCCCAGGCGUAAUACUGAUUGCAUUUUUGGGAUUAAUCCUUUUGUGCGAUCCUUUCCUGCUUAAACAAUUAGCAAGCUGCCCUGACGGUUUGAAUUUCAGCUUCUCGUGGAGUAUUGAUGUCACUCACUGGUGCAUGCUUCUUGUGAUAGGUCGCUGAACAACACCGUGAUCAUUAUCGGGAUAAAACUGGGACUUUGUAUCAAGUACCGCAUUUUAUGUUACCUGUGAAGAAUGAGGAGACGUAUCCACAUCCUCAACAACGGUUAGUAUGACCAGGUAACAGUCUGAAAGACUUAAUAUAAUCCUGAUCACGGGAUCUAUUCAGCAUAGUGUCUGAGAGUCGCCAUAUGUUUUAAUUCAAAGAACCCGCAGUGUUACAUAAUGGAAAAAAGGUUUUCCUAAAAAAACGUUUUAGCUUGCUGAAGUUCUUUAUGUGUGAAAAGUGUGUCUUCUUUUCAUUUUACAAAAAACUGCAGAUUUCAAAAAAAUUUUACUAGUUACACCCCCCCCAGCUGUCAAUCAGACAACUGGUACUGUUACUUCCUGGUUUUGUUAGCUCGGUGGAACUAAACUCAAGAGGCAGCAUUUGCCCAGAGCACCUGCCUUGCAAAGACUUCUCAUUGAGCUGCAUUGGGAAGUCUGUGAUUGGAUAGACACAAAGUCUGGGCGGGGCUAGAAGGGGAGCGCUUGCAAAUGAUAUACCCCAAAUGAUAUAAAUGCAUAAUUAAAUGCAUGCAGUUUUUCAUUAAGGUUAUAUCUACUAAAGAGUAAUUUUAAAUAAAUUAUUUACGUAGAAUAGAUUUAAAAAAAGGCAAAUCUCCAAUCUUUCCAUUCCUCUAUUUAACAGUUUAAUCCAUUAAUCUCAGUUUGUUGUGGAGAUGAGAAUUUACCGUAAGGAUCUCACAGAAAAGGGAAAAUACAAUCCAAGAACAAUAAACAUAAUGAUGAAACAUUCCGUACACCAGAAGAUGGUGAAAAGUUGUGUAUUGCUCAUUUGUAUAAAACGGAAGCUUAAUGUUUUUGUUCUGGUGUAUACAGCUUGUUUCUUUUUUCAGAUAAAUUGUAUUGUUUACAACGCUGCUUAGGGACACCUGUAGUGACAGUCACUCAGAAAGCCGUUACAGGUGCUUCCUGGGUCAGUGCUUCACAAUGUGCAACACCUCCACGCUCUGCAUGGAGACGCUUAAUGCUCUCUAUAAAGAGGCAUUCCUUCUGCGCAUCUCUAUGUGGAGAUUCUAUGUAAAAGCAAGUGUAAAAUCCUCAUAUGGAAAAGCAGUGGAUUGGCUGAGAUCAUCACAUUUGAUAAUUUUAGCCAACGAGGCGGAGCCAGCCACGGCAAGACCGGCACAGGGCUGGAAAUAAGGUGCGCUAAAUACCUUUUUAAAGGCAGACAAGGGUGCCGGACACUAAAACAGCGCUUUUAGAACUAUAGAGUCAGGAAUACUUGUUUAUAUUCCUGAAACUAUAAUGUUUCUUUAAUGAUUUGCACAAUACUAUUAUUUUAAAUAGAAACCACAUGAGCUUUCCACUUACUGCUUUCAGAGUACCGGGAUGCCAUUAACAAGGUUUGUGAACAUUUAAAAAAACUCAUAAAAUUGCUGAUUUCAGACUGCUCAAAGUGGCAUCUAUCUGCCGAGAAAAUAAUGUAAAACAUCAUGUGAAAUACAGGAAUAAACUAUCGCAUUAAUCAGGUAUAAUAGAGAUAUUUAGAUGUAAUCCAGUUAAUUAGAUAUAAUCCAAUUAUUUAGAUAUAAUCCAGUUAAUUAGAUGUACUAACAUCUUCUGUAUUUUAAUAGAGAAUACAAUAUACAAAUUUAAACACAAUGAGUCAGGUUAAAUAAUGUUAUUAGUAGAAAUAAACAGUGGAGGUUUGUCCAUAGGGGCAGUUGGGGCAGCGCCCACCUUUUUCUGGAGGGCGGGGGGGGGAAUUAGCCAAAAAUAAAUGGGGGAAAAUAGCUUCUCUAACUCUGUAAUAGGUUCAGUUCUGCAGGGCUCCUGCCCACUUAUUGGUAGUUAUUUGAAGAAGCGUACUUGGAGGCAUCUAGUUAGUGAAACACAAAUGGGCUUGUUUGAAAUCUGCCCUGGUUCAGCAGGUUUUGCCUAUUGUCCUUUAGAAAGGAAUUUCCAGAAUUUAUAUUCACUUGGCUGCAGAGCCAGCUGCCUAUUAAUGGAGGCAUGCUAUUGGCCUCUCUAUUCAGGGGCCAUCAUUGGCUGAUAGCACUUUGUAGGUUAGUGUUAGCAGUUUGAAUUGGUGCCUUACUUGUAUCUUGAGUUAUAAAAGGCCAAAAGCGGGCGAGUAACUAAAUGACCUCCAUUUGUUUAAAUAUACAUAGGGAUUAAGGAGAGAGCGCAGGUAACUUUUUCCUUUGGGUUUUACUAUAUGUAUUGGCUGAUGUGUACUGUAGUCGUUGCAGCCGCCCAGGAGUGAUGGGAGUGAGCGCAGCACUUUUUUUUGGUAUUUGUAUCCACUAUUUGUAUCACACAGCUUUGUUACAAUGCUGCCGCCCAUCCCAUGUGUUUCCUAUUAAGGGUUAAUAAGUAUAUAGGGGUGUAUAUAAAAAAAUACCCAUUUCUGUCUCAUUAGAGAUAUAUUUGCCAGAAGCUCAAGGAAGCAAGGUGAAGGGUCAGAGUAGGACCCACCUGAGGGGGUCUGCCUUGACUCCAAUGGCCACUGGAAUAACCUCCAUUUGUUUAAAUAUACAUAGGGAUUUGUGAGAGAGCGCAGGUAACUUUUUUUUUUUCCUUUGUUUUUUACAUUUUUAAACUAAAUUAUAGAUCUGAAAGCCAUUGUGAUAAUUGCGUGUAUAUGUAACUAUAUGACAAUUAAGGCAAUGAAGAAAUCACAAUAUUAACUCCUUCAUCUCUGGUUAUCGUGAAUUCUAAUUAUAAUCCUUCCCUGCACGGACACUAUAUAAAAGAAAUACGAUUUCUGGGUUCACUUUUAUUAUUUUCCGUUUUUGGGGGGCUAUUUGUAACAUGUAGUGUUUACUCCUCACCUUAUGCAGAUUGUCCCACAGUUCAAAGCUUUUCAUUGUGUCUCGUAAUAAGGGAAUGAAUGUUCUAACAUAUACAGUUGCAAGAAAAAGUAUGUGAACCCUUUGGAAUGCUAUGGAUUUCUGCACAAAUUGGUCAUAAAAUGUGAUCUGAUCAUCAUCUAAGUCACAACAAUAGACCACACGAAUCACUACAGUACGAGCUACCUGGAGCUGUGCUAAGAACUCACUCCGCGUUCCUCGCGGCUCAUCUGACUGCUGGUGCUACUGGUGGCAAGUUCUGUGGCCCGAUGCCCAAUGUUUUUACGUGGACAAUAACGGGCUGGUUUUUCAUAGGGGCGGGGCCUAGAAAACUAUCACCAUCAAUUCCAUGAAUAAUCGGAAUAAGAGAUAACGUAUUUAUUCUGCCUUAAAGAUGUGUCAUUUAGUUAUGUGUUCAUAGAUUUAAUUUGUGCCUUUUUUUGUAUUUUAGACUCUGAUCUCCUGGUUGGCGUUACCUGAAUUCCCAAACUGGUCUGAUUAUCGUCUGUUUCCACCAUCUCUUAGUGAAUAGUGUAAUGAACAACAACGGAAGAUCUUGUUGUUGACAAUAAACAUGUUAAUUGCUGUUUA